UUAACCUUUUCUGUGCUUCUUUGGUCGUAUGUAUAUGUGGGCUUCGAAGACUCCACAAAGUUUUGCGGGGAUUAUCUUCCAUCUCUCUUAUCUUUCAUUCACAGUUAUAAUUUUGUUUCUCUCUCAACCCUUCUCUGAGCAACAACAAGCACUUUUAAACCCUUCUCUCUCUCUACUUAUUCUGCUUUUUGCAAGUCAAGCAUGCAGAUCUUUAUAUAAAAGAAUAAUAAUGAAAAACCCCUCAAAACUAGGGUUUUCUUGAAGCAUUUUGGCUCACUCUCACCCUACUUCACAUGGAAUCCGAGAGAGGGAUAGAGAAGGAAGUGCUAGCCAGCAAAAAUGAAGGGUCUUCUUUUGCUUGCCUUCUUUCUCUUUCUUUCUCUCAGUAAAUCUCUGUAGAGAGGCAGUUGAGACAUUUUGAUAUAGGCAUUGUGUCUCCUCUACCUCUCUAUCCCCUUUUUAAUUUUAAUUUUUUUUUCUAGAAAAUAAUCACUUUUUUCUUCUUAAUUUUUACUUACUGCUUCAAGUUCAGUCCAUAAUCCAGCAAUUUUUCAUCUAGUUACUAUUCUUUUUUCUUUUUUAUGGCAUAAAUUGGAGUGAUUCUCUAAUGAAUGUAUUUGUUACAAGGAAAUUUUUUUUAUGAAGGCAACUUUCUUAUCGGUGCAGAAGGAGGGUGUUUGUAUAGAAAGUGGUUGAAAUAAGGAAAAAAAAUUCAAAGAGGGUAUUAUUUCAUGAAUUUUGGGGGUUUUCUUGAUAAAAACUCGGGCGGCGGCGGCGGUAGUGUCGGAGGUGGUGGUGGCGUAAAAAUUGCUACCGAUAUACCCUAUAGCAACGGGAACAACAACAUGCCCACUGGCCCCAUAGCUCAGCCGCACCUUGUAUCUCAGUCGCUCUCCACCAAGCCUAUGUUCAACUCACCUGGACUCUCUCUUCAAACAGGCAUGGAUGGGCAAGGAGAGGUGGCAAGAAUGGGGGAAAAUUAUGAAUCAAGCAUUGUUGGUUGCAGAAGAAGUAGAGAUGAAGAACAUGAGAGCAGAUCUGGUAGUGAUAACAUGGACGGUGCAUCAGGUGAUGAUCAAGAUGCUUCAGACAAACCUCCGAGGAAGAAAAGAUACCACCGACACACACCUCAGCAGAUUCAAGAACUUGAAGCUCUUUUCAAGGAGUGUCCGCAUCCAGAUGAGAAGCAAAGAUUAGAGCUUAGCAAGAGGCUUUGCUUGGAGACUAGACAAGUGAAGUUCUGGUUUCAGAAUAGAAGAACUCAAAUGAAGACACAACUCGAGCGCCACGAGAAUUCGAUACUUAGGCAAGAGAAUGACAAGUUACGUGCUGAGAAUAUGUCGUUUAGGGAUGCGAUGAAGAAUCCUAUCUGCAACAACUGUGGUGGUUCUGCCAUAAUUGGCGAAAUAUCACUUGAAGAGCAACACCUAAGAAUUGAGAAUGCUAGGCUAAAGGAUGAACUAGAUCGCGUUUGUGCGCUAGCAGGAAAGUUUUUAGGCCGUCCGAUUUCAUUGUUAGCAGCCUCUACGAUGGGAACACCAAUGCCAAACUCAAGUUUGGAAUUUGGAUUUGGAAGCAAUGGAUUUGGAGACCUGAAUGUUGUUCCGACUACACUGCCUUUAGGGCCUCAUGAUUUUUGUGUUGGAAAUUCGAGUCCUUUACCGGUGAUGCCUCAAACUAAGACCACAAUGAAUGUAACACCCAUCGAGAGAUCAUUGGAGAGAUCGAUGUAUUUGGAGCUUGCUUUAACAGCAAUGGAUGAACUCGUUAAAAUGGCGCAAAUUGAUGAACCCCUUUGGCUAAGGAACUUAGAAAUUGGAAAGGAAAUACUCAACCAUGAAGAAUAUAUGAGAACUUUCACUCCUUGCAUUAGCAUGAAGCCCAAUGGUUUUGCUACCGAAGCUUCGAGGGAGACGGGGAUGGUGAUCAUCAACAGUUUAGCACUCGUUGAGACCUUAAUGGACUCGAACAAAUGGCGAGAAAUGUUCCCAUUUAUUAUUGCCAGAACCUCAACUACUGAUGUAAUAUCAAAUGGCAUGGGAGGGACCAGAAAUGGUGCACUUCAACUUAUGCAUGCUGAACUACAAGUACUAUCGCCACUGGUCCCGGUUCGAAAAGUUGAUUUUCUCCGAUUUUGCAAGCAGCACGCAGAGGGCAUUUGGGCAGUCGUGGAUGUGUCGAUUGAUGCCAUUAGAGAAGCUGCUGGUGCACCAACAUUUCCAAAUUGCAGAAGGUUUCCGUCUGGCUUUGUGGUGCAAGAUAUGCCCAAUGGCUACUCAAAAGUUACAUGGGUAGAACAUGCUGAAUAUGAUGAGAGUGUGGUUCAUCGGCUCUAUCGGCCUUUGAUUAGUGCCGGCAUGGGAUUUGGAGCGCAGAGGUGGGUUUCGACCCUUCAACAACAAUGUGAAUGUCUUGCCAUUCUUAUGUCCACCGUUACGAGCCGAGAUCAUAUGGCAAUAACUCCAAGUGGGAGGAGAAGCAUGUUGAAGCUUGCACAUCGGAUGACUGACAACUUCUGUGCCGGUGUUUGCCCAUCCACAGUUCAUGAAUGGAACAGUUUCUCCACCGGAAAUGUUGAUGAAGAUGUCCGGGUCAUGACCCGGAAAAGCGUAGACGACCCAGGUGAGCCACCGGGUAUUGUUCUGAGUGCCUCUACUUCCGUUUGGCUACCCGUUUCCCCUCAGAGACUGUUUGAUUUUCUCCGCAAUGAACGUCUUCGGAGUGAGUGGGACAUAUUAUCGAAUGGUGGCCCCAUGCAAGAAAUGGCACACAUUGCCAAAGGCCAAGACCAUGGCAAUUGUGUUUCCCUCCUCCGUGCUAGUGCCAUGAAUGCAAGCCAGAGGAGCAUGCUGAUACUCCAGGAGACGUGCAUAGGCCCGGCUGGGUCACUCGUUGUUUACGCGCCGGUCGACAUUCCGGCAAUGCAAGUGGUGAUGAACGGUGGGGAUUCGGCUUACGUGGCGUUGUUGCCGUCCGGAUUUGCUAUCAUGCCGGCUGGGCCGGGUUCUCGUGGACCGACGAUGGAUGGUGGUCCAGGCAAUAGGACAAGUGGGUCGUUGUUGACCGUGGCGUUUCAAAUUUUGGUCAAUAGCCUGCCCGCGGCCAAGCUCACGGUGGAGUCAGUGGAGACGGUUAAGAAUCUUAUCUCAUGCACUGUGCAGAAAAUCAAGUGUGCCCUUAAUUGUGAAAGUUGAUUAAAAAAAAUAAAAAUCAGCUAAAUAUGUAUUGUGUGUUCGUGUCUGCGUCCGUUACUGUAUAGCUAAACAUGUGGGUGGAGGAAUGAAUUUUCUUGAGAUGUAGGACUCGCAAUUUAGGGGACGAGUCAAGAACGAACCGCACUUAAAACAACCCUUACGAGAUGGUGGCAUCGCCUCUGUGUUAGCCAUGCGAUGGUGGUGUCGAUUGUAAGGGUGGUGGUUCGGGUAUUGACUCAUGUGCACCCUUGAGUUGAUUCGAGUGGGUAAACAAUCAUUCGCAUGUAUGGUUCUGGACUCGAUUUAACUUAAUUAGAUUUUGAAAUUAAUUUGUUUGCAUA